AUGACUUCUGGCACCUCAAAGGGUCCCGGUGAUGAGGCGACUAGUUCAUACUUUGAACACUCCACUGCAAAACGAAUCAAUACCGACUCGGUCUUUACUUCUGCUCUGAAGAAGCAGUACCCUGGGCUUGACCUCAUUGUGGUCCCAGAACAUCGGUGUAAUCUGUUGGAGUAUGCUGCCGCCGGCCACGCCACUUUCAAUGCCAUUCACGACAAGGGCGAAGUUCCUUCGUCACUUGAAGUAACCGUCUACCUGCCACCAUCUCGUCGUAUGGACGGCAAUAAAGGACAACUGGCUGAGGAGAUCAUCUUUGGCAAGUUCCUCUACCAAUGGCAAGGGGAAGAAUUUGUCAUCUACUUGGUCGACGGUCGUGAUGGUGCCGAAGCGUAUCCGCAGCUGAGGAACUACUACAUCCUGACAUUAAACAUCCACAAAGCCGAACAGCUUGUACUUGCCGCCGGUUCUUGGGCAAGUGAUCUCCAUGAUGAAGUGUGGGUUUUUGACCAAGGCGGGUUUGAAAAGGACAGAGAGCUCUGGAAGAGCGCUCAGAAAUCGACAUGGGAUGCUGUCAUCCUGGAUCCAGACAUGAAGGAAUUACUCAUCAACGACCACAUAUCUUUCUUUGAAUCUAAGCAGACGUACAAGAACCUUGGCGUUCCAUGGAAGCGAGGACUCAUCUAUCAUGGCCCGCCUGGCAAUGGCAAAACUAUCAGUAUCAAAGCCACUAUGCAUAUGCUGGCAGACAGAACCCCCUCCAUACCCACUGUGUACGUCCGCAGUUUGGAAUCGUGGAUGGGACCCCAGUACUCUCUUCAUGUCAUCUUUGAAAAGGCUAGGGAGUUUGCGCCCUGCUACUUGGUGUUUGAAGACAUUGAUUCACUUGUUACACCCAUAGUAAGGAGCUACUUCUUGAACGAGGUCGAUGGCCUCAAAGAAAAUGAUGGUAUAUUCAUUAUUGCCAGCACCAACCACUUGGAACUGCUGGACCCUGGAAUUUCGAAACGUCCAUCUCGUUUCGAUAGAAAGUAUUAUUUCCCUGACCCAAAUCUUGAACAACGAGAGGCAUACUGCCACUUCUGGCAAAAGAAACUCAAGUCCAAUAAGGAUAUUGAAUUCCCUGAUGAGCUAUGCAGAGCCAUUGCCGAGAUUACAGAUAAAUUCAGUUUUGCCUAUAUUCAGGAGGCGUUUGUGGCGGCGCUUUUGGCCAUCGCUGGGCGGUCUAAGGAAAAGUUAACAAAGCCGAGCUGCGUGGAUGCUUGGAUCCUGGUAGCCGAUGAUCAAGUGUCUGAAGAGAUACGAGAAGCAGAUGAUCUGAACAAACUUGAGCUUUGGGUUGAGAUUAGGAAGCAGGUCAAGAUUCUCCGUGAAGGUAUGGAGGACGAGGCUGAUGCGUAG